UGGAAAGUUGUUUUGAGGAUUUGUACUAGCCAGUCUUGUAAACUAGUAAGCUAACAAUCUAAGGACUCUCAGCUGAGCUGAGGGUUCAGCUAUUUUCCUCAAAUAAUUGCAUUGAAACCACAAGUUGAUAUUGCACAACGUUUGCGAACAACACCGUAAACACUUCCGUGUGGCUUAAUAGGGCUUUAGAGGACCAAGCUCUGACAGUCUCGUCGUCGCCAAGAUUUAUGGAAAAGACUGCUAAUUUAGCUCUGAGGAAUUAGCCAAAGGAGUUGGCUGGGAGUUGCUUUUUGCUAGUAAAAGUGGUGUUUCACGCGAAUCAACACAUAGAAAUUGUAACAUCUGGACAGAUGUUAGCCUUGACAUCAAUGGAGCAAAUGCGACUAAGUUGCCAGUUGAACACUUCGUGAUUGGUGGAUCAUCCUAGAUUAAACGGCGGGACUGGAAAACUCAACUAUGCUAGUCAACUCUCAGCGUUGACUCUGAGACUGAAAUCUCUUCCAUUCCUUUCCGUCUAGUUGAUGGCUAGACGUUAGAUGGCUAGCUCUUCGAGAAAGGGCGACGAAGGAUAAAAAUGAAUUCCGCUUACAACUGUACCUGUCGGCUUACUAUUUUAAGCCGCUGAUCUUUGUAAAACCAUGACAUCAGUUUUGUGGUCGCCGCGGUGCGUAAAUUACAUUUAAAGUUAAAAUAAUCUGUACCUCCCUGAAAAUCCUAUCCAUGCUCGGACGAGGUAAAGAGGCACUGGUCGGAGUCAAGAAAAGCUCACAAAGUGGGAUUGUGACAAAUAAGUUUAUUUCUUAAAACCCGUAGCUACUUGGGACGCAUUUACGAGAGCACGACUUAGUGAAACACUCCAAUUAUGGAUUCUUCACUCAAACAGGCGUUAAAGAGACCUCCAUCGCGACGAACAGCAGAGGAUCUGAACAACAUCUACUGCCACCUUUACCACAUGGAUGUGCUGUCACACCUGAGAGAACACCAGCUAAGGUCCAUGUGCACCUCAGCCAGAUAUGAGCGCUAUGAUGCCAACCACAUCCUGUUCUAUCCGGAUAACAUCUCCACAUGCUGGUACAUCCUACUGUCCGGCUCGGUCUUCGUGAAGGAGCACAUGUACUUGGCGCGCUGCUGCUUCGGGAAACAGCUGGGUGGACGACGAGGCUGUGAAUGCAUCACCUUAGAGCCGUCCGAAAUGAUUGUGGUGGAAAACGGCAGCGAGGGCGAGGACACGGCGCUGCAGAGGGACGGCCCGCACCGACACUCGCGCCGGCGCUUCCGACGGGUCAACCCCCGCGGCGAGCGCGAACUCAUCACCGACGGACAGGACCCUGCCAGACCAGCCACGGACUACGCUGACCAUCAGCUUCCUGGAGACCUCAACAAAAUGCAUCUCACAGACCACCCCCACCAGCAGAUGAUGCACAUGGCUCCCAGCCAAUCAGGGUGCAGCAUCGCCAGUGACUCCGGCAGCAGCAGCCUAUCGGAUAUCUAUCAGGCCACAGAGAGCGAGAUAGGAGAUGUGGACCUGUCAGGGCUGCCAGAGGCUGCCGUGGACUCUGAGGAAGAGGAGGAGGAAGAUGAAGACCUGGAGCGGGCAACGGACCCUCUGCUCGGUCGAGACCUGGUGCGCGAGUGUCUGGAGAAGGACCCGGCUGACCGCACCGAUGACGACAUCGAGCAGCUCCUGGAGUUCAUGCACCAGCUGCCGUUCGCCAACAUGACCAUGUCGGUGAGGAGGGAGCUCUGCACGGUCAUGGUGUUUGAGGUGGUGGAGCAGGCGGCCACGGUCAUCCUGCAGGACAGACAAGAGCUGGACCUGUGGUACGUGAUCGUGAACGGCUCGGUGGAGAUCAGCCACCCCGACGGCCGGGCGGAGAUCCUGUGCAUGGGCAACAGCUUCGGCAUCUCGCCCUCCCUGGACAAGCAGUACAUGAGCGGCCUGGUCCGCACCAAAGGCGACGACUGCCAGUUUGUGUGCAUCGCCCAAGAGGACUACUGGCGCAUCCUUAACCAUGUGGAGAAGAACACUCACAAGGUGGAGGAGGAGGGCGAGAUCGUCAUGGUGAAGGAGCACCGCGAGCUGGACCGCAGCGGCACACGCAAGGGACAUAUCGUUAUCAAGGGGACACCAGAGCGUCUGAUCAUGCACCUUGUGGAGGAGCCGUCGGUGGUGGACCCCACUUACAUUGAGGACUUCCUGUUGACCUACCGCACCUUCCUGUCCAGCCCCAUGGAGGUCGGCCGCAAGCUGCUGGAAUGGUUCAAGAUGGACACCCUCCGAGACACGGUCACGAGAAUAGUGCUCUUGUGGGUGAACAACCAUUUCAACGACUUUGAAGGGAACCCAGAAAUGACCCAGUUCCUGGAGGACUUUGAGAAGCAUCUUGAAAAAGAGUCUGUGUCUCUAUGUCUGCCUGGCCCUCACAGGGGACUGUUUGGUGAUGGUGGUGUGGGCCAGUCUCAGGACGACAGCAUCGUGGGCACCAAGCAGGCGCGCCACAGCCUGGCAAUCAUGCCCAUCCCCGGCAGCCUGUCGUCCAGCAGUCCAGACCUGCUGCAGCCCGCCACCAGCGUCCUGGACUUCUCCAACCCCUCAGACAUUCCAGACCAGGUGAUCCGCGUGUUCAAGGCGGACCAGCAGAGCUGCUACAUCAUCAUCAGCAAGGAUACGACGGCGAAGGACGUGGUGUCGCACGUGGUCAACGAGUUUGGGCUGCUGGCGGCGUCGGACACCUACUCCCUGUGCGAGGUGUCCAUCAGCCCGGAGGGCGUCAUCAAGCAGCGCCGGCUCCCUGACCAGCUCUCCAAACUCGCCGACCGCAUCCAGCUCAACGGCAGGUACUACCUGAAGAACAACAUGGAGACUGAGACGCUGUGCUCAGACGAUGACGCCCAGGAGCUGCUGCGCGAGAGCCAGAUCAGCCUGCUGCAGCUUAGCACCGUGGAGCUGGCCGCCCAGCUCUCCAUGCGCGACUUCGACCUCUUCCGCAACAUCGAGUCCACCGAGUACCUGGAGGACCUCUUCAAGCUGGACGGCACGUACAGAGUGGCGAGAGAUGACGCCGGCCUGACCCACCUGAAGCAGUUCGAGGAGAUCAUCAACCAGGAGACGUUCUGGGUCGCCACGGAGAUCCUGCGCGAGCCUAACACCAUGAAGCGCAUGAAGACCAUCAAGCUCUUCAUCAAGAUCGCCCUGCACUGCCGCGAGUGCAAGAACUUCAACUCCAUGUUCGCCAUCAUCAGUGGUCUGAACCUGGCACCGUUCAUGGAGACUGCUUAAUAGUCUGAGAGAAGCUGUUCGACCUGCGGGACAUCUUAGACCAGAUCCCAUAAUAUGACCCAAGUGCCCCUUAGCGUGCUGAGCAGCUGGAGCGUACGUACCCAUCUCCCCCUCUUCCCCGUCGUCAAGAAGGACCUCACCUUCCUACUGGAACGACCUUGAAUGUCGGACGGCCUGCAACUUCUCGGUAGCUGGCGGAUGAUCGAUGAGAUCCGCAUCGCAGCGAUGACCUCGGCCAACAUGGACCCCGCCCUCAUGUUCCGACAGAGGAAGAAGAGGUGGAAGAGCUUAGGGUCACUGAGUCAGGGCAGCACUAACUCCAACAUGCUGGACGUCCAGGUGGGUGCCCAUAAGAAGCGUGUGCGGCGCAGCUCGCUGCUCAACGCCAAGAAGCUGUACGAGGACGCGCAGAUGGCCCGCAAGGUCAAGCAGUACCUGUCCAACCUGCAGGUGGAGACCGACGAGGAGAAGUUCCACAUCAUGUCCCUGCAGUGUGAACCCGCCUACAGCACAUUGUCUAAGAAUCUGAGUGAGAGGAGGUCCACUAAGUCGGACAUGUCUCCCGUGUCUCUGCGCUCAGCCUUGCCCUCUGGGAAGUCCCAGAACCGCGUGUCCCAAGUCCUGCAGGUGCCGCCCGUCAGCCUGUACGGCCCGCUCCGCAAGAAGAGCCUGGCCAAAGACCUGGCACACAACUCCGGCUCUCCCCAGGUGCAGAAGAAGCCGUCGAGUACGGGAGAGGAUUGGAAGCGGCCGGAGGACAGCGUGUCAGCCGCCUCCUCUCUCCACUCCAGCCCCACGGUGUCCCCACAGGGCUCUCCACGCAAAGGCUCCAAGGCAGGCAGCGUCAGCAGUGGCACUGGAACUGGCACCGGUGGCAGCAGCGGCCCUGGAGGUCCUGGGCGCAGCUACGGCAUAGGCUACGCGCUGAUGCCGGCGGGGAAGACGGACCUGUCGGACUCGAGCCACAGCGAGAUCUCGUCGCGCUCCAGCAUCGUCAGUAACUGCUCCGUGGACUCCAUGCUGGCGGCCGCCCCCGAGGAGCGCGGCACCAACCACCAGCGGCCCUGCAGCGCACCAAACGCCAGCACCGCACACGCACACACACACCCCCAGGCCGACGGCGGUCAGCCCUGCACAAGUUCGUUGGGGGCACGUCCCUCGGUGACGCGCGCCUCCACAUUUACGUCGUCAAUGAGCACGGACGAGCUGAUGCCGGACCACACCUCGGUCGAGGCGGCUGACAGCGGGCGCGGCAGCUGGACCUCCUGCUCCAGCAACUCGCACGACAACUUCCAGAGCAUGCCGGCGCAGCGUGCUCUGCUGGACCUGCCCUCAUACCGCCACUCGCAGCUCGGCGGCCCCAUCGCCGAGGUGGAGCCCGGCAACACCUGGACGGAGGACGCCGCGGCCGCUAACCGACACUCCAGAGACAGCUCCGAGCUCAACCCGUCGCGGCAGAGCUGGGCGUCCUCCAGCUCGCUGUCCGACACCAGCUAUGAGGGCAACUACGGGACCAUCAAGCGCCGGGCAGCCGAGCAGUCCGCCGCGCAGGGCGGAGAGUCCUCGGAGGGCUCCCAGACGUCGGACACCAGCUACAAAACGGUCACGUCCAGCACAGAGAAGGGCCUGAUAGUGUACUGUGUAACGUCGCCCACCAAGGACGACAGGUUCAGGUUGCCUCCGCCCACUCCGCCGGGGUACCAGGGCUUGGCGCUGCUCGGCGACGCAGGAGGGGCGCCGCCGAUGCCGCGGCCGCCCCACUUAAAGCCGCCCGACUAUAGCGUGGCCCUGCAGAGGUCAAAGCUGGUCCCCAGCAGGCCCCCCAGUGUGGCCGCUGGCCCUCAGCCGCUAGCGGAUAGUGAGGAUGACGAACAGGUCUCAGCAGUGUAAGUGCAGACACGUGACAGGUGGACGGCGCUGGACGGAUGAGCGAAUGAGUAAGACCGAGAGAAGAGAGUGGUCUCACAAGAGCUAGAGCACCACUGGGAUUGCUGUGGCCUCCCCUCGAGACAAGAGCACACGCACCUCACCCGCACCUCUACCUGCCCACAGUGCAACCUCACCUGUCCCUUCACAAACAGUGUCACACACACACACACACACACACACACACACAUAGACUUGUUUUUAGGCCAUUCAUAGUAGUGGAUGGCUUGUUUUUAAACUCACUUUGCCUCAGGCUCCAGAACUGAAUUGAACUGAAUUGAUAGCACAGGAUGGAGUGUGUGUGUGUUCAAUAUCAUGGCCUCUCGUGCAGAGAAAGGGAAAAAAAACAAUCCAUGAUGACAACCUUGGCUUUUUUUUUAACGAUUUGCUUUUGUAAUAGUACCUCUGUUGUAUGUGACCACACUUAGCUCACCCUCAGCAGCAGUCUGGAACAGUGGGAUUGAAGGGUUCCACUCGUAGAUUCUCUGGUGGAGCUCCAAGUAGCACACAAGAGGGCGGAUGUAAUGGAGAAAAAUGAGCUUACGCCACUUUUCCACCCGCGCCGUGCUGUGCUUCCGGCAGUUUCCGUAAACAUUUGCACCAGAACAUCCCAGUGCAGACCCACACUGUAUCAUAGUGUUUAGAUUUAAGUGUGUAAGUAGGACUGACAUUUGAUGGUCUAUUGCUAGCACAGCUGGCCCCCGAUUACAGUCUGUCUUGUGUUUUAGAUUUAAAAAUAUCAGUCAUUCAGAUUUCAAGAAAGUACAAUUUUUUUAAGGUGCCAUUUUGAAAGCGCUAAAUUCAAGGGGACUAGCUAAGGGAUAAUGGACGACACGUCACGCCACUCAGGAGACGUUUGAGGUGAUAUUUAUAAUAUUUGGUCUCUGGAGUUUACUGCUAAAGGUCUGUGGAGAGUGACCUGGAGUGGGUAGGUAUGGCAUGGAUGUCUGAUUCAUGAAUCUCACCCAAGCCUAGUCCAGAAAGCUCCUCUACAGACCCUUUGGAGAGGGAAUCAAGCUCACUCUGGAAGUGUCCAAGAGACAGGACAUUAUGCGAUCAAGGCAUCCGCAUCCACAUUAGAGACGCGCUAAUGAGUUAGUAUGAAUUAGACAAGCUCUUCUAGUGUGGAGUAGAUCAAAGGGUCUUGGCAUGGCUGUCUGUCCCUGGUGCAAACGUUUGAAACCAGUCUAUCUUCUCUCUGUGUCUCACAUUGGCUCUGUGUGUGUCUGCUUCAAAAAAGAAACAUGAGGUAAACACUCCUUUCAGUAUGACUCAAACCAGUCGGAGUCAGAAAAAGAACAAAGCAUCACCAACAUAAUAAAAGCAAAAGCUUCCUUCGAAUGCAGUUGGACACAUAUAUAUAUAUAUAUAUAUAUAUAUAUAUAUAUAUAUAUAUAUAUAUAUAUACAUACAUAUACACACACACACACACACACACACACACUAGCACUGUAUAACCAUGCUAGCGAGAGAGCUUUAUGUUCAUCAUGUGUGGCCGACAUGACAAGUGUUUACAUAGAAACCCCAUUUGUUUACAGUUGGUGUUAGCCUCAGUGGUUGUCAGUUUUAAAUGUUGCAAUGAGAAAAUCAUGGCUUUUUGAAAUUGUUCGUAUUGUUUUUAGUUGGUAUUAAUGCAGGACAUGUGGAUGCAGCAUCAGAAACUGUUCUUAUUGUACCUCAUCCCCUAACACAUUCUCCCUCUGUCUUCCACGUCUGGCUCCUGCUCUUGUGUUCGUGUACUGUACAUAACAGUGGAAUAUAAACAAGGACUGCUUGUCAAGGGAAAUAUAUUUAUAUUAGUAGGUGUGUAUUUGGUUUACCAUUCCUUGUUGGUAUAAUGCCAUUUUUGGAACAAAAGUACAUUUUUGUAUAGUAUUUUAAAGAGACUGCUUCGAUGUUUAUUGCUUCCUGCAAGACAGAUUCAUAUAAUUUCUAUGUAAGCAGCCUUGUAAGAAGGCAUGGACGUGCAGAUUUGUAUUAUAUUAAGGGAUAGAACUGGAGUAUCUCAUUUUUGGCUGUCUGGUUGCAAAGCUUACAUUGUUUUGUCUUUUUAAUUUCCCUUUGCCAUUGAAAGACUUGAAAAUGGUAAUAUAUACAUACAGUUUUUACAUAUAUAUUUUUAUUUGUUAUAAAUUAAUGUUCCUGAUCGUGUAUAGUUCAAGAGAAAGUCCUCUAUAAAGACUGUAUUUGUAAUAUUUUGUUAUAAUAAAAAUUCAAGAUUGCAGUUGCCCUGUUGCUGUGACUGGGCAGGAAUCUAUCAAGCAUUUUCAUUUCCUUGAGUUCACUCUGUUUUUGUUUACUAUGUCAUGUGUAUUUUCUCAGUCUUGCAUACCAGGAACUGUUAUCAGAGGAUGGUUAUUUAUUUAGUUUAUUUAUUUCCAGAUGUUUUGUUUUUGGUGCCAGUUUGAGGCUCUCAUCACUACCCCUCAUCCUCCGCCCCAAUUCCCCCUCCACCACCUCCCCCAUGUCCAGGAGACUUGACCCUUCAGCAGGGGAGUUUUGACCAUUCUAACAGAUUUUGUUCCGCAACAAUGUACGGUUCUAAAAUACCAUGUUAAAUAUAGCCAGAUAAACCCAGAUAUUCUUUAGAACGUUCAAUUUCCAACAUUCCUGUCACACCGGUGUGACGGUACCGGCUUAAUGGUUAAAUGUAAGUCAUGGGGCACUCAGCUUGCCAUUCCAUCUGCCUAUUUGACGCUACUGCUUCAGGGUUGAAUGUCAGGUUCAGAUGAUCAGGGUUUAUGGUCAAUAUCAGGGUCAGUGUAAUCCUCAGCAGCCCUGCUUUGCUGUAAGACCAGAGUUAGUUCUGCUGCCGUUGUCCAGGUUCAGGUGAAGAUCAGGGUCAGGAGCGCUGGCGGGACAUCCAGGCUCUGACGAGGUCGUGAGGAACGAUAACACAGGGCACGUUGCCGCCCGUAGAAUAGAGCCUGCUGUGUCUCGUUGCUCUCUCCAUCAGAGCUUCCCAGCUCCUUCAUUUGCACAUGAUGUUUUUUUGCCUCCCCCCAGCAACCUUGUGAAGGUUCCCAAUCUCAAUAUGCCUGAAACAAUCUGGAGCGAAGCUCAAAAUAGAGUCCUUUAUCUUUUAGCCUUAAAAUACACUUUUGUGGCUUCCUUGGAAAUAUGAUUGCAGUGCAGAGAUUUGGAUCAGUUUCUCGUGACUCACAGCGCCUCCUCUGAAGGUUCACGAAACACAUAGUGAAGCCGAUGAUGCACGCCUAAACCCCCCAUGCCCCCAUUCCAGUUAUUUUUCCUCUGUUCAGCUGAUUGUAUGACCUUGCAACCCUCAUUCAUAUUCUGUCUUUCCAACUUAACAUUUUUUAGGUCUACAUUCUUCAGCUAAAUGCCAUGAAGUAUUUGUCAAAACAACUCAUGCUAAUGAUGCAGUCCACAUGGCCAAACAAUAUGAACUAUCCUCAGGUACAAUGUUCUAAAGUAAUUAAUGAGGAUUAGUAUUAUAGUGUUCUUAUGUAUACAGGUUACAAACUACAGCGCUAAAGUGAGUCCUAACCAUCCUAACCUAACUGCAUGCUGUAAUGUCAAUUUAGCUAAGAACAUUGUACUGUACUCUUCCUUAAGGACACAUUAUAGUCUAAAAUGAAAAAUAAAAAAAAAAUACCUGACAAAAACUCAUGAAAAUAUAAUAAUCAAUAUAAAUAUAAGGUAUGCCCAUAUAAACUCUUAGUAAAUAUAUUUGAUGCCAUAUGGUCUGUAGUUGACCAUAAGGCAUCUUUAAAUGUUCUUCAGCCCACGUUUAUACGAGAGUCCUUAACAAUUCUACAAAGACCCUACGAGAGUGGUCUCAACACCUGCGUUUUAGAUCGUCCAUUUAACUGCUCUCUGUGCUGUCUGUUGAGCCUGUGAGUGCCCUUUUGCCAGAGCCUUUCUCCUCAGAGACAGUAAUGAGGACCAUUUCAGGUGUGGGGAUAGUGAUUUGCUUAGUGAUUUUAUUUUCACGUAAAUGGCCCAUGACCGCAGUCCAAUAUUGCUCUGGUGUCUGGUAACUGGAAUGCAAUAACUGACGUUUGACCUUGCUGCUGUGCUUGUACAGGAGGGAGAGCAGCAGAACUGCACGUAGGCUAAUUCACCUGCAUAAGAUUCACCUAAUGGCGUUUGGCUUUAUUUGUGUACAUUUUUCAUAGCUGAUGUAACUUAUGUCUUUUAGAAAGACUACUGUGUGUAUGGCUUUUUUGUAUUUCUACUUGUGGCUGUACAUACUUGUUAUAUUUUGUUUAAGAGGAUGUUCAAAAAAAUUAAAGCAAGAGAAAAAGGACAUUUUAUUUCUGAAAGUCUACUUAUGAAUUUUUGACAACAAUAAACCCAUAAAUGUCA